AUGGGUAAAAUUGGAACUCAUAAUGGAAAAUUCCAUUGCGAUGAAGCACUUGCUUGUUUCAUGUUGAAGAAUACUAAGGAGUUCAAAGACUUCGAAAUUCUGAGAACCAGAGAUCCUGAGCUCCUCAAGACUUGUGAUAUUGUUGUGGAUGUAGGGGGAAUUUAUGACCAUGACUCCAAGAGAUACGACCAUCAUCAGAAGGAGUUCACACAUACCAUGCAAACAUUGAACAUACUUCCUUUCAACUCCAAGCUAAGCUCAGCUGGUCUUGUUUAUGCUCAUUAUGGAAAGCAACUCAUCCAAGAGUUUCUCGGACUGGAAGAAAAUGACCCGAAAGUUAAUCUUUACUAUGAGCGAGUGUAUGAAAGCUUCAUGGAACAAAUCGAUGCUGUUGAUAACGGCAUCUCGCAGUAUGAUGGGACUCCAAGAUAUCGUAGUUCUGGUGGAAUAUCUGGUAGAGUAGGCAGAUUUAAUCCUCACUGGAACGAAGAAAAUGUAGAUGUUGAUGCAAGAUUCGUGAAAGCAAUGGACUGUGUUGGGAAUGAACUGCUUGAUACUAUCUCUUAUCUUCAUAAUGUAUGGUGGCCUGCUCGCGAGUUGGUCGAGGAAGCGGUCAAAAAAAGAUUCGAGAUUGAUGUUAGUGGAAGAAUUCUGUGCUUAGACAAUGGCAGUACGCCAUGGAAAGAGCAUUUCUUUACAAUUGAGAGUGAGCAGGGAUUGCUGAACCAAAAUAUAACUUAUAUACUCUUCCAAGAUACAACAGCGAAACAAUGGAGAAUUCAAGCUAUUCCCGUAAAUAGCCUUUCUACUUUCGAAAAUAGGCUUCCACUUCCACAACCUUGGCGUUCUCUAAGAGAUGAUACUCUCUCAGAAGUCAGCGGAAUUCCAGGAGGUGUUUUCGUGCACACAUCAGGGUUCAUCGGAGGAAAUAAAACGAGAGAAGGAGUCAUAGAGAUGGCAAGAAAAGCUCUGCAGUUUGAGAAUAAAGGUAAUGACUCUGAAAAUGGUACAGAUCCUAAGCGAACAAAAUUAGAAGAAAGUUCUUAA